UCCCUGUCUUCCUGCCUGCUCCUGCCCCAAGAGGCCGGAAAACCCCUUUUCUUGCAUCACCGCUUUCCUGUUGGGUCGUUUUCGUGUUGCAAUCUGGAGGCAAUGAAAUUCUUCGGGUUUCGUCACCGGGGAUUCCUAGAGUCCAGGAACAAAGGGGGAGGGGGGAAAUAGGUAAGAGGCCUGUUUAGACGUUCGUGGGUUAAUAAUCCCUUCCCGAUCUAUGGGUGUUGUCUGACUCACGUCGUGCACACCCCUGGGCUUGUGAGCAAGGACCGCUGAACUCGGUGGGACUUCUUAUGAGUAGACCUUCAUAGGAUUGCGCUGCACGGGGAAGGAAACAACGGAGAUAGGACCCGUUCUGGGUGCUAACUGAAGAUGGGGUUUGCCGAAGACAAAGUUAAGAAGUAUAUUAAGGAGAACAUGCGCAGCUUCCACUCUGUCCGUGUCCUCCACAUGCUCGACUAUCUGCCGUGUCUCACGGAGACAGACAAGCAAGAGAUUAGAUCGUGUGUGGACAGACAAGGAAACAAUUUGUCUGUGUGGGACUUCUUUGAACGCCUCCAGAGUAGACAAGGCUGGGUGCAGUUGUUCAUAAAAGCUCUCAAGGAGGAGAACUUAAUCGACCUAGCUUCUGACAUCCAACAAAUUUACAUCAGUUGCCUGCCCACUCCACAUACAGAGACAGAGCUCCCAAUUUUGCAAGAGCCUCGAAGAAACAGUUCAGCAGCUCCUGUGCAGCCAGCUCUGGUGAAUCGUUCCCAGGUGGUGGCAUCUGCUGCUGUGGAUCCCAACCCACCAUCUCCUGAUCGACCUACCUCUUCUCUGCAUAACCUGUCGAGGCCUAGUAAAGUCCAGCCUCUUUCACCCUUGCAUACAGGUGCCUUGGGGCCUUCAUACUUGACCACGAAUGCAGCCUCCCAAGAUGUAGCUGAUUACAACCCUCCCGUUCAAGAAACUGAACAUCCGCUUAAUAGGAGCGAGGUGGUGGUAAAACCGAAGCCCGGAAGCAGUGUCAGAAAGCUAGGACCUUCCACACCUCCCAAGGGCAACGUAGCAGCUCCCGAUGCUAGAAUGGUGCCAGGAGGAGAGAAAGCCACUGAUGAUGCCCGAGCCACAUCGGCUACAAAUGCAUCUCCUCAGUCGUUAGAUGACCCUGAAUCAACGAGAGAGGUGCCUGGAGAGGCCCUGCCAAGUGCCACGCUGGCGCCCUCCAGCAAUGAUGUGGACCAUUCACCGCAGAAGUGGGAUGGCCGCCCGCAGCGUCCUGUCUGCGUGAAAAAUGGGUAUUUUGGAAACAUGAAUCGCCCUGUGGACAACGCUGUGUCUCCCGGUCCUGCUGCCUCGUCAAGAAAUCUGCCAGAAGAGAAUUAUUACUCUUCAUCUGACAUCAGUUCCCCGUUGGCUUCAAGUGGUGAAGGAACUGGUGUACUGGUAAACAUUGCUACACAGCUACCCUCAAAUGUUCCUUUGAUUGGCAGCUCUGUCAACAGCUCCCAGCUCCUCAUUAGCCCACCAUACAGUGAGCAAAGUCUUUGCAUGCCUGGACCCGUGCAUUGCAGGCAGUGUCAGCCUCCGCCUUCUGACUGUGAAGGUUCCUCUUCCACCGAUGUGAUACCACCUAACUCGGCUCCAUGGCUUUCAGCUCCUACGGACGAUGAUCUUAACACCACUGUUCAAGAGGAAAAGCUGCCUUCCAGAGGUCCAGGUGACACGGCCACCUCUGAGCUAGUGCCAGAGGAGGUGACUCAGGAAGUUCCUCCACAGAUGACUCAGCCUUCAAAAGUUGUGGGCACAAGCACCACAGAUUUAAGGCCAAAUAGGAACAGUGCCUAUCGCUCUCCCUGUGUCUUCCCUAGCCAUGACGACAGUGACCAUGACGAACCCUGUAAACCUGGUGCUUUGGUUUCAGAACAAGAUGGAAACGUGACAGAGCCAGCCGACCCGCGGUUCAGUGUUAAACAGAAAAAUCCUGCAUAUUCAGGGGGAUCAGAUAGACUUCGCAUCAGCAGUGAAUUCUCUGUAGGAGGUGACCCUUUAAUGCUGAGUGAUACCAGUUUGCCUGAAGAGAGGUGCUCUGGUCCAGCUGUAGGUGCCAUUUUGGGAAGAAACGUGACGAGUGGAGUAGGUAACGAGUCCCUUCAGUCUGUGAAUGGCGGUUCCAUCAGAACCUUCACCAUUGAUGUGGUGGAGUGUCCCAGCCCUGAUCUCACAGGAGCACCAGAUACGAUUGGUUUAGCUAGCGACCCCAAUCACCGAUCUCUGGGUGCCUUGCCUGACUCAGCGGAUGGAUAUCAGCUAAUCAAAAAGGACAAAUCCCACCUUGAGAAUCCAGAGGAUUCCCUGCCGAGCAAGAGAGUCGAUGCUGCUGCACCAUGGACUCCAAGUGAUUAUUGGUUGCUCCUUGUGGGUUGUGCUGUGGCAGUGGCGGCCAUGGCUUUUGUGCUGUUUAGGAAGAGAUAGGCAUUUGGGUGGGAGGAAAGGAGGAAUAGCUUCUGGCCAGCCAAAUGUGUUGAUUCGUGCAUGAGCAAAUGUUGCAUCAUCUUCCCUCCUCGCCAGUGCCUCACCAACUAAAAAUCAAAAAUAUUUUGUCAAUGCCUUUAUAUCAGGAGUGGGGAACCUCUGGCCCACUGCCCAAAUAUGGCCCACCAGUGAGUUAUGCCCCUCAAUUUGCUCCCAUAAGAGGCAGUGUUGACCACUAACUUGGAUGGCUUUAGAAGUGAAUUCGACAAAUUUGAGGAGGACAAUGCUAUCGGUAGUUAAUUACCCUGAUGACUAUGUUCCACCUUCACUGUAGGAGGCAGAAUGCCUCUCAGUAUCAGUUGCUGGAAGCCACAGGAGGAGAGAGUGCUCUUGCGCUCAGGUCCUGCUUGUGGGCUUCCCAUAACGUGCAUCUGGUUGGCCGUUGGGAGAGCAGGAUACUGGUCUAGAUGGGCCACUGACCUGAUCCAGGAGGGCUGUUUUAUGCUCGUCUUGGCCCUCUUCUGUGCCCUCUUUGAGUGCCUUUUCCUGUCUGGAGCGUACCCUUGAACUGUAACAAAAAAGCCAGCAUGCUUUCCACAGGGGGUGGGAGGGUAUGCAUGUGCAUUGAUAUUUCUGGCUUUUGUGUGGCUGGAUUACUUACCCUACAAAGAUAAGAGGCAAAGCAACAGAUGUGACCCACUUUUUGUUGUGGUUCUGCCUGCUAUUGCCUGUGGCCUCCUGCUCCGCUGGUAUGUGGCCCCUGGAAGGUUGCCCAUGAGUCAGUGCAGCUAUCAGGCUGAAAAGGGUUUCCCUCUCCCCUGCAUUCUAUGAUGCCGUGUGUGUGUGUGUGUGGGGAAACCCACCCAAUUUUGUUUCCUUUUUAAUAAAUUUUAUUCCUGGGUGUCUUAUGAUGCUCACAGCAAUUAAUUACUGUUCUGCAUUCACCAGCUGCCUUCCUGCACGUUCCAUCCACCCUUGACUAUUGCUUAAAGAAUUGGACUUCUGUUGUGAAUGCUGUUGUUCCAUAUCUGAAAUGACAUGCCGCAAUUGGUCGCAUUGCCCUCCUGGCCACCACAAGCAAUCGACCUCCCUCUUGACCCAGUGCAGUUGGUAGAGCUCUCUGGUGGAAAGAUGUACUUUUUAAAAACAAAUUUAACUAUGUAUUGCUUUUUGGGCAAUGCAUGACACCCUCUUCUGCCAACUUUAUGGAACUUGCAUGCUUUUAGCUCCUUUUCAUAUUAGAUUCAGUGGUGUAAUACAUAUAGGCUAUGGAGGAUUUAAAAAAAAGCAGACAUGAGUUAUCUCUCAUCAUGCCCUCUUGGGCUUAUGAGCUCUCUGAGGUCAUAGAUUGUCCAGGGUUAGGAACAGGGUGAGGUGGACUUUUGGCCUGAUCCAGUAAAGCAGUUCUUACAGUGCUAGAUUUCAGUUGUCUUAAUUAUGAGCUACAUAUAAUGUCUUGUAAGGCAGCCUUCCCCCACCUAGUGCCUUCUGGCUGUUUUGGAAUAUUAGGUUGGAGAAGGCCAUUGUAUGGAUUAGGGAACCUUCCUUUCUUCACAAUCUGUUCUCACGUUCAUUUCCCUUUCUAGUGUUCCUUGUGUGCAGCAGAAUUGCUGAAGUGCCUAAAAUUUAGGAUUUUUUUGUUCUUUUCAAUAUUAAAAAAGAAAUUCCUGCUGGAUCCCUGAAGACUAGAAACAUUUUUCCCCAGGACUUUUUUUCUGCAAUUAGAUGAGACCAUGUGCUUUGUUUGCAGUCUGCUUGUACACAUGCAUGCUCAUUUUUACAGAUUCUUAUAUCCCAUCUUUCCCAUUUCUUGCAAAACCUCCUAAAACCUCUUACAGCAGCAAAAAUUAAAAACUACUAUAACUGAAAUAAAAGCAGCAAGUAAAAUCAACAAUAAGAAAGCCAGGUAUAAUAAAUUUUAUUAUUUAGCAACUUUUAUAUACCACAGUUUACAUAAAAUGGAAAAAAGCAUUCAUUAAAAAAUAACAAUAAAACCAAGCAUUAAAAACAGUGGAUAAAAUUAUCAAAAUUAGAGAUAAAAUCAAUAGUUUUUAAAAAUAAAUAUACAUAAUAAAAUAAAUGCCUGGGUAGGCCUGCCUGAACAAGAAAGGAUUUAGCAGGCAUCAGGACAUAGUACAACAAAUGUGCCUGCCUAAUACAGGCAGGGAGUUCCAGAGCGUAGGUGCUGCCACACUAAGAGAUCUAUUUUCUUGCAAGUGUGGAAUGAACAUUGUAUGGCACUUGUAAAAGUGCCAGUUCUGCAGAUGGAAGUGGUAGAGUGUUCCUUCAGAUAAACUGGUCCCAAGCUAUUGAGGGCUUUAUAUACUAAUUUAUAUACUAAUAGCAGUACCUUCAGUAAAUAAUGUUCAAAAGUUCAAACCUUCCCACAACUGCAGUCUUUACUGUUCCUAGAAACUGUCCCUUUACUAUUGUAGCUUUCAUAUUUUUACAAAAAAAAUUGUGAGAUGGUACCAUUCUAUUCUUCCUGCCUUCCUCCCACCUUGCACCUGUUCAUCUGAAGACUGCUGGUCUUCAUUUCACUUGCUGGUGUGUUUUAUUUCUUCUGUUUUUAAAAUUAUGAUUAGCUGAAAGUAUGUUUGGCUAUUUUGUGACCCCAUCUUAAUGUAGACCCGCAUUUUCUUCAGCACUCUGCAGCAAAUGCAUUGGGGCCCAGGGUGCAUUAUGUAUACACAACUAGGUACAGUUGUGUGUAUUCAGCAUUUAUUAAAGUAAAAAUAACAAGCACUGCAGUUUUUUUUGGGGGGGGGAGUGUGAAGCCUGGUUCUGGGACAGCAAGGGAUAAAACAAGUGAAAUAUGGGUGGAAUGCUAGUGCAAGCCCAGUCAUUCAUCACCUUCGUUCCAGCUUGUGGCAGAAUAUGUGCCCACUUGCCUGCUUAGAACUGUGGAACUGCCACUUUUACAAGUGCCACAAUACAUUUGUUCAACACUUACUAGAAAUUGAUUGUUUAAUGUGUCAGCACCUACAUUUUGGAACUCCGCCCAUUGAUAUUCACUCUAUUGUUUUUGGCACCUGCUAAAAAAUGUUUAGUUCUAGCGAGGCUAUCCAGACAUGUGAUUUUAAUAGGUAUACGUUACUUCUUUAAAAUUGACUUGUUUAUACUUUUAAAAUUACUUGUUUAUAUUUUUAUAUAUUGUUUUUAAUGUUUGUUUUUAUUGGUGCUUUAAAUCAAUAUCUUAAGACUGUUUUGUAAACUGCUCAGAGGUCCUUUGUUCUAGUAAACAGUAUAUAAACUUUGUUAAAUAAAUAAGAAUGUCUUCUUCUCUUAAGAGCGCUUUUAGAAUUAUUCCCAAGGAGGCCCAUGUGGAAAAAUCUUCC